AUGGUAAUUGGCAGCCACAAAAUCAUUUUCCGCGACUAUCUACCCUGUGUCGUCGACUCUCUCGUCACAAUUGGGGAUAUUGCCAUCACCUUUGCACCGCCGUCGGCCAACGCACCUUGGGCUGCCGCAAAGGUAUUGCUAAAGAUGCCGGUUAAAAAUAUCGAGCAGAUGGCAGCCCUUACCGGGACAAUCCAAUGGUUUACACGUGCUGUCCACAAGGGUCAGAUAUAUGAGUCGAUCUACACCGAGGCAACUACGGAUAAGCAACUUGUGUCCGACCUACAUGACGCCCUUCGAGAUGUAUAUAUCGCGGCAAUGGAGCUGUUGGCCCGUUCUGAUGAGCUAUUUGAAAGUGGAAUAACUACACAAAUACUCAAUACCAUUCUUCGUCCCGAGCAAGUUCCAGGUCUCGUCUCAGACUUGGCAAAAAAAGAGGAUGCUGUUAUGCAGGAAGUUCAGGCUUGUGAAGUUUCACGAAGUGCCAGAACCGGCACGAAACUGGACCAAAAGUUACAAGACAUGCUGAAGAUGCUUGAUGAAAUGUCGGUGCCGCUGAGACGAAUCGAUGAGGGCGUAGCCAAGUUGCUCGAAAACGAGAAUCAAGACCGACUGGAGAAAUUGAUGAAUUUUAUUAGUCCAGAUAUGUUCGGCCAAAGCCACUCUGAGUUUAAGAGUCGAAGGAUAGCAGAUACCGGCAAUUGGCUAAUAGACCAUGAAUGCUUUCGCAACUGGCAAGCAAUACCGUCUUCAACAGUACUUUGCCUUAAAGGAAAUGUCGGUACUGGCAAAACGUUCCUUACUUCACGAGUCAUUGACCUCGUGAAGGGGACCUUAGAGGCAUCGGCUCACGACGAAGGAUUUGCCUACUUCUAUUGCCGCCGAUCCGGAACCUCAAUGCAGGACCCCGUCGUCGUUCUCAGAAGUUUUGUUCGCCAGUUGUGCUAUAGAGAUGACUACGAGCAUGUCCAAGAAAACAUCAUUCAGAUCUGUCAGGCGGCGGAGAAGGAACAGAGAAAACUGGACCACAAGGAAUGCAGCGAGCUGAUCUUAGGCUUGCUGAGCCUCUAUUCAAAAACUACUAUCAUUUUUGAUGCUUUAGAUGAAUCUGAUACGGAAGAGAAUGGUCUAGCCCAGACUAUCGUUGAUCUGGUAGCAAAGGCCACGAAGCCGGUCAAAGUCUUUGUAUCCAGUCGUCCAGGCCGUGAAUACCUGGGCGCAUUCGACGCAACGCCAACAAUAACCAUAAAUAGCGAUGACCAACAGGUUGAUAUUGAGAAGUUUCUUGACAUAAAGCUUUACUCUACAGUGUCAUUUCAAAGACGCCAGAAAGAGAUCCAAGAAUUGAUUAGGGAAACUUUUACAUCUCGAAAUGGCGGAAUGUUCCGAUGGGUCCAUCUACAGAUCAACCGGGUGAAUCCGCUUGUAUCGAGCGAUGCAGUCAAACUGUGGGCCAAGACAGUUCCUCGCGAUCUAAUGGAGGCAUACGACCAAAUGUGGGACAUGUUAAAAAAGGAUCACGAAUGCGAAAUGCCCUUGAUUGAACGUGCCAUCAAAUGGGUACUAUGCUCUAUGCGACCAUUAGGAAUCGAAGCUCUGUUGACGGUAAUCCAAUAUACGAUUGAACAAGACAUAUUGGUACAGAAAGAACGGCAAACUCGCCAGGAGAUACAGUCGCUUUGCCAGGAUUUCUUAACGUUUGAUGAGGAGAAGCACAUGUGGAUGGUGCCGCAUGCUUCCGUUGCUGAAUACUUCGAAUUCAGGAGUGAGAUUUUGGGGAACUGUGAUGCGUUUGCUUCCAACAUAAAGCUCAAAUUUCUUAUGAAAUUUACCAAGGAAGUCCCUGUUAUGAAACCUAUUGAGUAUGUCCUUCUUGCGGAACAUGAGAAGGAUAUCCUCGACUACCCGGAAGAACACCGGUCUCCUUGGUUCCAAUCUUUUAAAAACAAAUUCACGUGCGAUUGGCCUGAGCACGUCGAACGAUACGACAGAUGGCUGGGCUCAACAAAGGGCGGAACCCCCGAUGCACAACUUGUGGCGUCACUGAAGCGACUGUUCAGUCCGAUAGACGAGGCCAAUGCCUAUUAUAACAGAUGGCUUGACCUCAAAUUUAAAGAUGGGAGAUCCGGGUUGGAAUAUCCUUUGCUCUCCGUGUGCCGCUACGGGCUUUACUACGUUCUGCAAGAUUGGUGGGAGAAUGACAUCGUCAACAACCCAUUUUUGCAAUUUCUGAAUAAACGAAGAUAUCGGGCUCUUGAGCUUGCGGCAAAGGGCGGAUGCAUGGUAAUUUGCAGACGUUUGCUGAGCACAAUGGAUAUGAAGGAUCCGGCUAGACUUGGUCCCGCGAUGAAAAACGCGAUAGAAUGCGGUAACAAAGAUCUCAUCUCACUUAUAGUGACACAAGGGGAGUUUGACAUCAGCCUUUAUCUCCGGGGUCAGCCAGAUCUCGUUAUUAGCGCAGCCCGCCAUCCCGGCCUGCUCCAGUGGCUUGCGGACCACCGCUGGCUCGAUGUCAACAAGGGAUUUCCCCUGCACCUAGCUGCAAUGAUGGGCGAUUUCGAAGCAGUCAGGGAUCUGAUCGAGGUUGGAGCUGAUGUGAAUCUCCUUCCCAACGUUGCACGCACAUUCGGGAGUGCCCUUGCCGCCGCCGUUGCUUCAGAAGUUUCCGGGAUAGAGAAUUCGAGGCGCAUCAAAGUAAUAAAUCUCCUUCUCGAGAAAGGCGCAGACCCUAACCUGCCAUUGAACACUGGCCAUUUUGGUAGCGUGCUAGAAGCGUUGAUAUGCUCUUGGCGACUGACACCAUGGUCACACGAGAACUCAACUGGAGAUAGAUACACAAGACCCAAUAGAGUGCUGGCAAUUCUACUCAAAGCUGGGGCUAACCCUGCCAUGUUGCUCAACCAUGGGAAUUAUGGCAGUGCUCUUGCUGCUGCCGCAUUUUAUGGGUUGAAAGGCAUGCUGAUGGCCAUGAUGGUGAACAUCAAUGACAAGGAUACGGCAAUCGAAUGUCUUCGCCAGAGCAGGCAUCCUAACGAAAUCUUUGUAGGAGAUUUCAAAGUAUGGAAGCAGCUGAGACAAGACAUAAUAGCAUAUCUCACCGACGACAUUGGAGUCGACAAAGAAACUCUUUACAAAAUCGGGCUGUGGCAAGUCAGCCCAGAAGAAGUCGGCACAUUCGACGGUGGAUUUUUCAUUUACAGGCCAAGCCAAAAGUCAAACACCCAGGAACAAAACAACCAGGGCCAAAACAACCAGGAACAAAGCAAACAGGUACAAAACAUACAGAUACAAAACAUAGAGAUACAAAGCACCCAAGAACAAAACACCGAGGAACAAAACACCGAGGAGCAAAACAUACAGAUACAAAGCACCGAGGAACAAAACACCAAAGAACAAGACACCGAGGAACAAGACACCGAGGAACAAGACACACAGGAGCAAAGCACCCAAGAACACAGCACCCAGGAGCAAAACAUACAGAUACAAAGCACCCAGGAACAAGACACACAGGAGCAAAACACCCAGGAGCAAAGCAUGCAGGUACAAAACAUACAGAUACAAAGCACCGAGGAACAAAACACCAAAGAACAAGACACCGAGGAACAAGACACCGAGGAACAAGACACCGAGGAACAAGACACCGAGGAACAAGACACACAGAUACAAAGCACCCAAGAACCCAAAACCCGGAUCCUCUUCCAAUUUUUAUAUAUAUUAGCAGCCAUUGCAUUCAUGGCAUUUCUGUGUGGAAUCCUUGAGCCGCGGAGCUGGGCCGAUUGGGGGAUGCCAAUCAUGCCCAAUUACCCCAAACCUGUUGGCUCAUGGCACCUCUAG